AUGCCCUCCGACUUUGCUCUCCAACAGGGUCAACCACCGCUGCCACCCGCCAUGGAUGAUCUUGUACACCAGCAAGCACACCACCCACAACCCCUUCCCUCUCCCUCAACACCGACCAACAACAAUGUCCUCGCUCCCAGUUGGCGUGGCAUAGUGAUGACCACAUACGAUGCCCUGCGGGUCAUCGAGGCUUGUCUCAACGGCCAACUCAUGCACACCGCCCGUCGUCCACAUGACAGAGAACGCGACUCCCUGAUCCAGAGCGGCAAUGUCUUCGUCUACGAGGAGUCCUCCUCAGGUAUAAAACGGUGGACUGAUGGCCAGAACUGGAGCCCCAGCAGAAUCCUGGGCAACUUCCUCAUCUACCGGGAGCUGGACAAGAACUUCCCUCCGGGCGACAAGAAGAGAGCCAUCAAGAGGAAGAGAGACGGCAAGCCGGAACUUUCAAAUGGGAACUCUAACAUGACCGCCUCGCCCGGCUCAAUCAACGACGAGCGGCAGCGAGCACUGCUCGGAUCGCUCAUUGAUUCUUACCCUUUCAAGGAGGGCGGCCUGAUUAAGAAAACUAUCAGCAUCAAGUGGCAGGGUGUGAUGCACCAUCUUGUCAGCUAUUACUCCCUCGAGGACGCGAGUGCAGGCAACCUGCCUACCCCAUCACAAGACCCCAAGCUUCUCAGCAUCCGGCCCCGCCAUGAGCUGCUCGGACAACAGGACUUCCGCGUUCCGGUUGAGCAGGAGGACCCGCGGAUCAUGGACGAACGAGCCCUUAUGCUUGGGAUGGGCUACGCAGCUCAGCCUGGCCUGGAGCGCACAAUGUCCCUCCCUCAGAUGCCCAUGAUGCAGCCCUAUGGCACACAGAACCACUUUCACAUGCCCAUGCACAUGCACCAACCCAUGGGAUCUAGCCUACAACUCGGAGGCCACUUUGGUCACUCCCAGAGCGGCUUCGUCCCCUGGGACCGGCCUCGCGCGCCGUCGAUCAACCUGCCGACAUAUCCUUCGAACCAGGGCCUGCCACACAUGAUGGACAAUGGUAGCAAGAGAAGACGCUCAGAGGCUUACGAUAGUUCUAAUGGCGCAGCAGACGACCUCUUUUCACCCGGCGGCAUGACUCAUGCAGAUGUGCCAAGGUCAGCUCACCACUACUAUCAACCAGCAACCUCAUCUUACACGAUGCCAUCACUGCCGUCGACAACCAUGGGGCCCGACUCCACAGUGGAAUACAAACCAUCGGUAACUUCCAUGGCGCCCCCACCACACGCCAGCGCGAUUUCGGACCCACCGAUUACAACGAUGGACUUCGCAGCCCCGUCUGUGACCACAAUGGCACCUCCAGUGAGUACACCUCUAGCUGAUGGACUUCCGGGGGUAUCGCUGACCUCCAUACCGUCACUCGCGGGCACUGCCAUCGAUGGACAUCGCGAUUCCCACUAUUUCUCUUCGCCCAACUUCGCCAGUUGGAGUUCGACCCACGACAGCAGCUCUUACUUAUCGGCAUCUGGAAGAUCUAUGAACGGUGCCUGGUCUCAUGCCUCCCAGUCUGGCGCCCACCGGUGA